CGCUGGGUCACUGUCGCCGCUACUCCUUUUCUCCCCCUUAAAAGCUCCAAGGGCCACUCCCUUCUCUAGUGCUCCUCGUCCGCUCGCCCUCGUGGGGCCAGACCAGCGACAUGGAGGGUUGCGUGGGGGAAGAAUCUUUUCAGAUGUGGGAGCUCAAUCGACGCCUGGAGGCCUAUCUGACCCGGGUCAAGACGCUAGAGGAGCAGAACCAGCUGCUCAGCGCUGAGCUUGGGGGACUCCGGGCACAGUCCGGAGACGCCUCCUGGCGAGCCCGAGCCGACGACGAGCUGGCAGCCCUACGAGUCCUCGUCGAUCAGCGCUGGCGGGAGAAGCACGAGGCUGAGGUGCAGCGCGACAACCUUGCAGAAGAGCUGGAGAGCGUGGCGGGCCGGUGCCAGCAGGUGCGGCUCGCCCGGGAGCGGACCAUCGAGGAGGUCGCCAGCAGCCGACGCGCGCUCGAGGCGGAGAAGAGUGCUCGGGGCUGGCUGAGCACCCAGGCGGCCGAGCUGGAGCGCGAGUUAGAGGCUCUGCGAGCCGCACACGAGGAGGAGCGCGCGCACCUGAACGCUCAGGCCGCCUGUGUGCCGCGCCGGCCCCCCGCGCCGCCCCACGGAUCCCCCGUCCGGGCCCCCGAAGUGGAGGAGCUGGCCAGGCGGCUAGGCGAAGUGUGGCGCGGGGCGGUGCGUGACUACCAGGAGCGCGUGGCUCACAUGGAGCGCUCGCUGGGCCAGGCCCGCGAGCGGCUGGGCCAAGCCGUGCGGGGCGCUCGGGAGAGUCGCUUAGAGCUGCAGCAGCUGCAGGCUGAUCGCGACAGCCUCCAGGAGCGCAGAGAGGCGCUGGAACAGAGAUUGGAAGGCCGCUGGCAGGACCGGCUGCAGGCCACUGAAAAGUUUCAGCUGGCUGUGGAAGCUCUGGAGCAGGAGAAGCAGGGUCUACAGAGUCAGAUCGCUCAGAUCCUGGAAGGUGGGCAGCAGCUGGCACACCUCAAGAUGUCCCUUAGUCUGGAGGUGGCUACAUACAGGACUCUGCUGGAGGCUGAGAACUCUCGGUUGCAGACACCUGGACGGAGUUCCCAGGCUUCUCUUGGCUUUCCUGACCCCAAGCUGAAGCUGCAUUUUCUUGGCAUACCAGAGGACCAGCACCUGGGAUCUGUGCUCCCUGUCCUCAGCCCGACAUCCUUCCCUUCCCUCUUGCCUAAUACCCUUGAGACUCCUGUGACAGCCUUUCUGAAGACACAGGAAUUCCUUCAGGCCAGAACCCCCACCUUGGCCAGCACUCCCAUCCCACCUAUGUCUGAGGCUCCCUGUCCUACAAAUGCAGAGGUCAGAGCCCAGGAUGUCCCUCUUUCCCUGCUCCAGACACAGGCUGGGAGGCAGCAGGCUCCAGAGCCUCUUUGGGCUGAGGCCACAGUGCCUCGUUCUACUAGUGUCCUCCCAGAACUAGAGGAGCCUGGGGGCAAGCAGCCAGGCCACUUCCCUGUUGACCCAACCUCUUUAGCCCCACCCCUUAGCCCCCAGCAUCCUAUUUUAGAGGCUAAAGAUGGAGAGUUCAAUGAGUCUAGAGUUUCUAGCAUAUUCCAGGAAGAAGAAGGGCAAAUCUGGGAACUCAUAAAGAAAGAAGCAGCCAUAGAGGUAAAAGUAGAGAACAGCUUAGCACAGGAAACACAAGAAAGUGGUCUGGACAUGGAAGAAAUCCAGGAUUCCCAGGGACCUUUGCAAAAGGAAGUCUUGGAGGCUCUAGGAGAGGAGCCACUGAUGUCUCUGAAAAUCCAGAGCCAUGAGACAUCAGAGAAGGAGAAUUGUAAUUCAUCUAUAGAAGAGAACCUGGGAACACUAAAAGGCCCAGAAAAAGAAAAACAAACACCACCGAAGUGUUUAGAAGAAAAGAAUGUAGAGGCAGAGAAAACUCUAGAAAAUGGGGUUCCUGAACUAACUAAGCCUUUAAGAAAAGAAGACCCAAGAAUCGAGGGCCAAGAAUUAAUGUCUCCUGAAGGUACACUAGAGACAGUUUCAUUUCUAGAAAAGGAAAAUCAAGAAGUAGUGAGGUCUUCAGAAGAGGGGAACUUAGAAUCAUUGACAACUUUUAAAGAGGAGAACCAACACCCACUAGGACGUUCAGAAGCUGAGGACCAGAUGCUGGAAGGACUGAUAGAGAAAGAGGAUCAGAGCUUCCCAGGAUCUCCAGAAGAGGAUCAGGAGGCAUUUAGACCUCUGCAGAAAGAGAAUCAGGAGCCACUAACAUGUGAAAAAGCAGAGGUCCAGAUGCAUGAGAGACUGAUAGAAAAGGAGAGUCUGGAGUCCCUGAAGUCUCCAGAAGAAGAGGACCAGCAUGCAUUUAGACUUAUGCAGAAAGAGAAUCAGGAGCCACUAAGGUGUGAAGAUGCAGAGGACCAGAUGCUUGAGAGACUGAUAGAAAAGGAGAGUCAAGAGUCCUUGAAGUUUCCAGAAGAAGAGGGUCAGGAGGCAUUUAGUCCUCUGCAGAAAGAGAAUCAAGAGCCACUAAGGUGUGAAGAAGCAGAGGACCAGAUGCUUGAGAGACUGAUAGAAAAGGAGAGUCAGGAGUCCCUGAAGUCUCCAGAAGAAGAGGACCAGAGGAUUGGGAAGCCUCUAGAAAAAGAGAAUCAAGAAUCUCUGAGGUCUCUUGAUGAAAACCAGGAGACCAUUGAACCACUAGAAAGCAGGAACCAGAGGCCACUGAGAUCUCUAGAAGUAGAAGAGGAGGAGCAGAGGAUUGUGAAACCUCUAGAAAAAAUGAGCCAGAACUCCUUCGAAUCUCUAGAAAAAGAGAAUGCACAGCCACUGAGGUAUCUGGAAGAAGAUGACUGCAUGAUGAAGAACCUGCUAGACGACAAGACUCACGAGACCCUGGGUUCUCUUGAAGAUAGAAAUGGGGAGAGCAUUAUACCACCAGAAAGUGAGACCCAGGGUUCAUUGAGGCCUCCAGAAGAGGAAGACCAGAGGAUUGUGAACCAUCUAGAAAAAGAAAGCCAAGAGUUCCUGAGGUGUCUAGAAGAAGAAGAGCAGGUGAUAGAGAGAUCUCUAGAAGGAGAGAAUCAUGAACCAUUGAGUUCUAUAGAAAAAGAGGACCAGAUGGUUGAGAGCCAGCUAGAGAAAGAGAGUCAGGACUCAGGGAAGUCUCUUGAAGAUGAGAGCCAGGAGACUUUUGGAUCUCUAACAAAAGAGAAUCCAGAGUCCCUGAGAUCUCUAGCAGCUCAGGACCAAGAGGAACAGAAACUUGAACAAGACACCCAACAGACACUGAGGGCUGUAGGGGAUGAGCAGAUGGCAGCGAGCCCACCAGAAAAGGUGGAUCCAGAGUUACUGAAGCCUCUUGGAAAAAACCAGGAAAUAGUUAGAUCUCUUGACAAAGAGAAUCAAGAGUCACUAGUGUCACUGAAAGAAAAAGGUAUGGAGACAGUGAAGUCUUCAGAAACAGAGAAUAUACAACCACUGGAGACUGCAGAAGAGGACCUGGAAAGAAGGAAGUCAAUAGAUACUCAGGAGUCAUUGUGGUCUACCGAAGUGACUAGCGAGACAAUAGAACCUCUAGAAGAUGAGACCCAAGAACAACUGGGGUGUGUGGAUGAGAACCAAGAGAUGCUCACACCCCUUGAAAAGGAGAGUCAAGAACUGAGAUCUCUGGGCAAGUGGAACCUAGAGACUGUGGAAUCAACAGGAGCGGUAGAGGACAGUCAGUACCUGGAAGUGGAAGAGAGCCUGGAGAGGGAAUGGCACCAAGAGUCACUGAGGUCUCUGGGAGAGGUGAAGCAGGAGCUGCCUGGGUCUGGAAAUCAACAGAGGUGGGAGGAUGUGGUGAAGGAUGGAGCAGUGGGUCAGGAAGAACCUUUGGGGACCACAGGAGUGGAAACUGAGGAUAAGGCAGAGUUACAUCUGAGGGGGCAAGAUGGGGAAGAAGAAGCUGUAGAGGAAGGGGAGCUGCUGCAGGAUGUCGUGGGGGAGGCCUGGAGUCUGGGGAGCUCUGAGCUCAAGGAGCAGAGGGUCCCUGCUGAGGCCCUCAACAACCUAGAGGGACAACCAGAGCAGAUGGCGGCCCUAGAGGUCCCAGUUGUUCAGGGAAUGUCAGAGGUGACAGAGCAAGAUGAGGAUAGAGUCCAAGCAGAUGAAGAAGACUCUGUAGAGGUGACCCUGGGGUUAGAGGCUACCAGAGCUGGACUGGAACCCGAGCAGGAAGUGGUAGGGCUAGUGGACCCAAGGCAUUUCGCCAGGAAGGAGGCCAUUCACCCAUCCCUGGGGGAGGAAAGUGUGAAGGCAAAGAUAGCUCAGGGUUUGGAAGGGCCUGGAAAGGAACCAAAAGAGGCAGGUGCUCUGGACUCAGGGCUCCUUGAAUUACCCAAGAUUAGCAGUGAGGCUCUGGAAUGCAAGGGCUGCGAAGAGGCUGAGUCCAUGGAGGGCUGGGGAGUAGAGGAGGCCUCACUGGAGACCUCAGACCACGAGGGCAGCGAUGCCCCUCAGCCCAGGCCCCCAGAGACAGAGGACGAUGAGGGGGCACAGGCAGCACUGACGGUCCCUAGUCCCAAGCUCAUGGAACCCUGUUCACACAUCCCAAUCCUGACAGAUGCACAUGAGCUGCAGCCCCAGGCAGAGGGGAUCCAGGAGGCUGGGUGGCAGCCAGAAGCUGAGUCUGAAGCACUGGGAAGGGUAGAAGGGGAGCCAGUAUUUGGUCCUGGGGAGAUCCCCGAGGGCCUCCAGGAUUGGGAUGAGGGCAGAGAAGAAAGUGAGGCUGAUGAACUAGGAGAAACUCUCCCUGACUCUACUCCCCUGGGCCUCUACCUGAGGUCUCCUGCCUCCCCAAAGUGGGACUUGGCUGGAGAACAGAGCCUUUCUCCUCAAGGAGAGGUCAGGAAGGAAGGUUGGGGUCCUGCUGUCCUGGCUGCUCAGGGCCUCCGUGAUCCACCAGAGGAGGAGGAACAAGGCCACGACAACUCUGACCUAUCAUCUGAGGAAUUUGAGGAUCUCGGGACUGAGGCCUCACUUCUUCCAGGAGUUCCCAAGGAGGUGGCAGAUCAUCUGGGCCAAGUGCCCCCAGAACUGCAGCCUGCGUGCUGGGAUCAGGGCGGGGAGUCUGAUGGGUUUGCUGAUGAGGAAGAGAGUGGGGAGGAGGGAGAGGAAGAAGAUGCUGAUGAGGACGGAGGAGAGUCAGGGGCUCAAUGGUGGGGGUCAGGGCUUUCUGGUGGAGGCAUCAGAGUCCAGGAUAUCACCCAAAGAGAGGACCUGGAACAUGAAUCUGUGGGUAUCAGUGGUCUCUGGGAUGAUGGCUUGAGAGGUGCUGCAGCUAAUGUUCCUAUAACUGCCCUAGGGACAGUGUCUCAGGACAGUGCCGAGCCUUCUGGGUCAGAGGCGUCCGAGUCUGCUUCCUUGGAGGGGGAAGGUAGUCAAGUGACUGACCAUUUAGAUGUUCCCCAAGAGGUGACUAGCAUGGUCCCAGGGGCAGGAGAUACCUUUGAUAUCAGUGGCCAGGACCCCAACUUGGAGUCAGAGCAAGUGAAUGGGAGGAUGGAGAAUGGACUAGUGCAUUCUGAGGGGCAGGUGGUUCUGGAUGGGGACGAGGAUCAAGGAUUCCCUUUACAGGAACAGGAGGUAGGUGCCCUGAAGGCCCCUUUGGUAGGGUCUCCUGUACAUCUAGGCCCAAGCCAGUCCCUGAAGUUCACGCUGAGUGGAGUAGAUGGAGAUUCCUGGUCCUCAGGGGAAGACUAGAAACUGCCCCUCUGGCACUGAGGACUUAAUGGUGGGGAUGUCCCUCCCUGCUCUGGGCCAGCUCUCAGCUUUGAUAACUUGACCUGUGGUAUCUGUCCUGGAGAGGUGAGAUCCGGCUUGGAUCAUCCUCAAGGCUCAGUCAGCUGAGCCCUACAGUUCUACACACCCUUUUUUCUGUGGCUCGCCUGCUGGAAGAGGCCCGGGCCCAGAGCUUUCCCACGAACGCUGCUCUGGCCAGAGCGUGCUAGCCCUACCUGUCUACAGUAGUGCCACCUGCACAAGGUCUGGUGUGUGCCCAGAGUAGCUGAGGGCAGCAUUUAUGACUGACCUUUCAUCUCAUCUCAGCCUGCUGAGAUCUUCUUGUUCUUCUCUUCCUCCUUUGAAUAAAGUUGUAUCCCUACCUACAAA